GCGCCCAGGCAGCUCAGCCAGUUUCUCAGUCACCGGGCGGCACCCACGCCUGCCCAGCCGCCUCCUUCGCUCCGCCUCCCGCCGCCCCGAGUGAAGAGGAGCCCGAGGCGUCACUUCAGCGGGUUGGGGGUGAGCUGCCGGCGGCGCCCGGGGAAGCGGCAGGACCCUGAGAGGCCAGAGCGCGAUGCAUAAUGCAUGAAUUGGUAUGUCCUAAAUACUGAAGAUACAUAUAAAUUAUCCUGUGUCUCAAUCAGAAGCAGUAAGGUUGGAAUGAACCUGGGGCUUUGAGCUUCUGUCCUUGGUUCUUCAUCAUCUGACAUUCCAAGGAGUCUCCUCUUCACAAUUUCUUCGGUCCUCUUCUUUUUAAUGGGCAGAGGAGAAGCAGCCAUACAUACUCCUUCCUUAGCACUUGUCUCCUUGAGUUCAUGUGCAAGUCCAGAAGCACAACGGUGCUUGAUUUUGUUUUAAUUGCUAAGCCACAAAGACUGCAGCCAUGUCUCUGGAAGACAUCCACAUGAACACCAAGGAUUUGCUUGAAAAAAAACAAUUAGAUGCUGGAGGAUUUGGAACAAUUUCUUUAUGCUUUCACAAGAAACAUGGAUAUGUAGUAUUAAAAAAAGUGUAUACAGGACCACAGCGCACUGAGUACAAUGUUUCCCUUCUUGAAGAAGGCAGGAUUAUGCGCAGACUGCAACAUGACCGUGUGGUAAAGCUACUCGGUGUCAUUUUGGAAGAUGGAAAUUACUCGCUUGUGAUGGAGUACGUGGACCGUGGGAACAUGAUGAAAGUGCUACAGAAUCUCUCACUGCCUUUGUCAGUGAGAGGGCGUUUUGUGCUGGAGAUCACAGAAGGAAUGCUUUAUCUGCAUGAGCAAGGCUUUGUACACAAAGACCUAAAACCAGAAAACAUCCUUGUGGACAGAGACUUCCAUAUUAAGAUUGCAGAUCUCGGCGUUGCCUCCUUUAAGAGCUGGAGUAGGCUGACCCAAGAAGAAGCAGUCCGACAGAAGCAAAUGAAGAGCACUUGUCAGAACAAUGCUGGGACACUUUUCUAUAUGGCCCCAGAGCAUUUACGCUCUGUUAAUGCUAAACCAGUGGAGAAAUCAGAUGUUUACAGCUUUGGCAUUGUGAUCUGGGCAAUUUUUGCUAGCAAAGAGCCAUACGAAAAUGGUAUAAAUGAAACCCAGAUUUGCUUUGGCAUCAUGAAUGGAAACAGACCAGACAUAAAGGAGAUCACUGAUAAAUGUCCAGUGGAAAUUAUUGACUUAAUGAAGCAAUGCUGGGAUGAAGAUUCAGAGAAACGUCCAACCUUUGCAGAAAUCAGUGGAAGAUACAAGCCAUUUUACUAUCAAAAUCUAGGAAAAAAUAUAGAAGAAGAUCUGAAAAAUUUAAAAAAAAUGUGGCCUGAGUCAAAUGAACUGCUGCAUAGCAUGGAAUCCCUUCAGAUAGAUGCUGUACCAGAAGAUACCAGCAAUGGUCAAGUAGAUCAGCCUAAUUCUCUGCACAGCUCUCAAGGUCCCAUGACCAGUGAGGUUAAUGUUGCCCUGCUUGCUGCCUACCCUGAGAACCAGCCUAUCGAGAGCUGUGAGACCUCAUUUCCAUCUGCUGAUAAUCUGGAAAGAAAACUUCAGCAUGAAUACAACUACCACGCGUUUGGGAGCCGGAUGGAUAAAGCAGUUCCACCUGUUGUAUAUAGCCCUGAAAUGAUAGAGGAGGAAAGGAAACGGAGAGUUUCCUGUGAUCCCUUUGCAAAGCCAUCUCCUACUUCUCAGAGGAAUGAACUAUAUCCAAGAGCUGAAAAAACAGGAUCAAACACUAAUCCAUAUUUCCGGGCAAACAUUGAUCCAAAUAUCUGGCCACAGGCAGCUGCAACACCACCAAAAAGGGGAAAUGUAGAUGUUUUUUACGGGCCCAGUCCCAACAGUCUUCCAACAGGAAACCCAGUGGAUGCCUAUGGGUUGUGUUCAGCCAGCAACCUUAGCCUAAGUAAAUCUCCUGUGCCAGAAUCUGGACAAAACCAGCAGUCACAGACAAAUGUAAACCGGUAUUCAAAGAAUUCAGACACAGAUACAGGUUACAGGGAUUCCACUUCUUUCACAAGGGGAACGUUUCCAUACUAUCCUAGUGCAUCCAGAGUAAGCCCAGUUCCUUAUACAGAUGAUUCAAUCAAGUACAACAUAAAUAACAGCUCUGGAAUUCAAAUUGGAUCCUACAGUCACAUGAAGAUUGAAGAGCAGAACCCGCAUGUCAGCACUUGUCCUGUUGCUAUGGAAGCAAUUUAUACACAUUAUAAAGCAAUGGGUACAUUUGACAAUACUACUGUCCUGACAGAAAAGCAUUUGAAUCUAGUGAGAGAAAAGCUGGCUAAGCAGUGGAAGCACUGUGCUCGGAAACUGGGCUUCAGUGAUCCUGAGAUAGAUGAAAUAGAUCAUGACUAUGAACGAGAUGGACUAAAAGAAAAGGUUUACCAAAUGCUGCUCAAAUGGGUAAUGAGGGAAGGCUCUAAAGGUGCUACAGUUGGAAAACUCGCCAAUGCCCUCUUUGGCUGCCAAAGACUGGAUCUCCUUAGUACCUUGAUGCAAAUCCAAGAAGAAUAAGUUUACUGAGAACAGACUUUCUAGAGCUCUCCUUUUUGCACUGACUUUUGGGAACAUAUCUUUUUAACCAACCAGUUCUCAGUGAGUACCUCCAAUAAAUCAAAAAGUUCACAUCACAAUAUUUGGUCUUCCAUAGGAUAAAAAAAAAUAAAAAAGCAUCUUCUUUUCAAAUAGAAUGAUUGUCUGAAGAUAACAACAAAAUGCAAGACAAAUACAAAUUCAAGGAGAACGUGUUACACAAAAUUUCUGCAUUCUAGUCUUGAAACAUGUUGGUAGUCUUGUUCAGUUCUGAAGAUUGACUUACUGCUUGAAAAACUUGUAUAGAAACCAAAAUCAAACCUUACAUUUUGCCAGAAGUGCCAAUAAUUAAUUACACCAGUAUUUGACUGGUCUUAGUCAAUAAUACACUUUAAAUAUUUUUAUAAUUUUUAUCAAAUAUAGAUGUAUAGAAUUAUGCAGAACAGCAGCAUAAAUAAAAGCAAAACCUAUUUCUGGCUUUGAAAGUUUAUAAUUUAUAUUUUAUAGUUAUAAUGUUGCAUUAGUUUUUUACAUUGUUUGGUAGAAAAGAUUUUACAAGGUAAGAGUCUGUCCUGGGGUGACCUUAUGAUGCUUGUAUCGCCAGUUGCCUGUUCUGUUUAUGCUGGUUAUCAAGUUCUGCAACUUUAAGACUCGUUGUGACAGCAGAGGGUGAGGAGAAGUGUGCAGUUUGUUUUCAGAAACUGGACUUGCUUCCACACAUUUUCCUUCUCAGGGACUCUGUUGUCUGCAGCAGGGAC